GCCUGUAAAUAAAGUGCCUUUUCAUGUAUUUCUGAACUUGGACGGCUGUUUAAAGCUGUUGACAAUUAUUAAAUAUGUAUAACGCUAUUUUCGACAGGCAAAUGACACCACACCGCGUCUGUAUUAUAAUCUGCGAAUAAACUCUUGCUCGUGUCAAAAUCAGGAAACACACACCGUUCUUGUUAUCUGGCAGAUUAAUCCUUUUGGAAUAAUGUCCAAAACACUACAAUUUUGUAAUGGUUUUAAGGCAAAAAGCUACUGCUAAAGCUUUCUUUUGUUUUUAUCAGCAGGGUUGUUACAUUUUUAAUACACUUUAAAUCAAUCUGUCAUAAACAGGUAUUUUUGGCUUCUUUAUAUAUAGUUUAUAUAUCCAACAUAUUUAAUUAAUUAUCUCAUCUAUCCUCAAUGUACAGUAUGGGGGGGGCUCGCCAGUUCUUAAACUGGGUUUACAGGGGGGCGCGACCAUGAAAAGGUUGAGAACCACUGCUUAAAGGUAUCCUUGUUUAUUCUUCAAUAAAUUCAUACACUUUGUUGUAAUGCUAGAAGUAAAAUAUAUUAUAUGCUAUGCAAAACCAUAUAAAAAAAACAAGAUAAUAUGCAAAGAGGUCAUAUUUUUGGGUGCUUAGUUGAGCUUAAGUUAUGUGUUUCUGUUAUAAGAACACACCAGAAGCAGCACCAAUACAGUGUGUGUAUAUAUUUUUAAAACGUGAGAUACGAAUGCUUAGAAUAGUUUAUGGCUUGAGGUCGGGGGACAGAUAUUUUGUGACUCUCUUGCCAGAAUGACUCAUUCUUUGUACUGUACCUGAAGUCAUCUAUUACUGUAAAAAUAGAUGUUUGUGUCAAUGUUUCCUUUCAACAAAUUCUUAGCGAAAGUGUUGGUUUUGCUUUGUUUCCUUGUUUCUUCUCCCUGUAAUUCAUACCACAUCCUACAACCAUGUACUGUAGUUCAAAGAAAAGGGAAGGAACCUGCAGUCCAAAACAAACACAUGGUCCCACCAUGAGAACUGUGAGCUUGCAGAACCUAUCCUCCCCUCCUUUUGACGACACAUUAUAAUUAGAAAUAAGAGUUCAAAGAAUUCAAUAGAAAAUAGUUACAGCACUUUCAUAAUCUCGUCGUGAGAAGACAUAAGGUGAGAAUAUAGUAUCGCUUCACCGCUGACACUGACUCUUAAAUGGACAGUAACCUUAACAACUGAUCCAAGCUUCAGGGUUAAAGAAUAGUUGUGAAUGUAGACUUACAUUUUGGUCUGUUUCUAGAGCAGCACGAUUCUGGAUAAAUUGAGAAUCACGGUUCUUUUGUUUCAAAUCGAGAUUGCAAAUCUCUUACGAUUCUGAAUGACGACUACAUUUACUAGAGGUUCUGACAAAAAAAGUUUAUUUAGGUACGGUAAUAUUUAGAGGACAUUGCUGCAAAAUUAUUACAUAUUUCAUGGAAAAUCUAGGGUAAACUAUAGUUGUUGUUUUUUUGUUGUAGUUAUUAUUUUGUUAAUUUUUACGUUAUGGUGGGUCCAUACGACACGCAAAUUAAGUGUUUUGACCAAGUAUUUUACAUACUAAGUCCAUGCAAAGACUCGUAUUGACACAGACGUGCAUCGAUCUCGUCUUCCUCAAAGGUUGAAAAUAUUUGCAUUGCAUCACUCACGUGAAAAUAAUGAACUUUUUUCGUAAGUAAAUAAGAGCGUGCAACGUGAUUUUUCGCGUUUGGUGUGAACCCAGCAUUAGAGUUUUCUUAGUUUAAAACCUGUCCAGUUAAAAUGUGAAGCAUAAUCAGAACAAGGAAUAUAAUACAACAAGGGCAAUCAUAAGAGCAGUUUUGUAGGCUGUAUUUAUUUUAUGUUUGUUUGUUAUUUGGUGUGAGAUUAAUUUGGGCAGACUGAAGACUUGAAAACGCGUGUCUCAUGCGUGCGCGUCGGUAACUCUGCUUUAAUCCCAUUACUUCUGUAAUCAAUUUACACAGAAAUAAUGAUAGAGUGUGGUUGAAAGACUGUUUGAGAUUGCGAUCUUUUAACGAUUAAUCGUGCAGCUCUUUGGGAUUUAUUUAAUUCAUGCUUCAUGUGUUAUUAUUGUGUUCAUUUAUUUAUUUAUUUAGCUUGACAGCCCCUGCUCUUUAUGAACUUGCUUAUUAAGUCUAGUAUACACGCUUGAAACAACAUGAGACAGAACUCUUAUUUUUUUACUGAACUAUUUCUUUAACUCUGUAGUGUUACCACAGAGUUGUCAUGUCAUAACUGUUUUUCAAUCAGCAAUGGAAACUCCCCUGCUUUACACCAUAUUUUUCAGUUUGUGUAAUAGCAUGAAUUACAUUCUCUGUUGUCAUUCCCAACAACAUUUGGUAUCAGAAUUUUGUAAGAAUGAUUAUGACAUAUUAAUAGGUACAACAAUCUGGUCAACAUAAAGUUCUUUAUUUGAAGCACAAAUAUACAAGAAAGGUUGCUUACUGAAAAAGUGUUGGUGCUUAAAGUGCUUCACUGAACUGAAAUUUAAACUUAAAAUAUCUAAAGAUAAAUGGACCAGGGCUUGACAUAACCUGGGAGGUUGAUGGCUCCGUGUCAGAGCAUUGCUUUUGAUUUUCGGACGGAUCAGGGCUUAAUUUAACAAUAUUCACGAAAAAGUUCUCAAUCGCUCAUCUUCUCUCAUCAUCCGCGGCUACAUCCACUCGGUUUAACUGACGGCUGCUCACCUCUCUGUCUGACUGUAGCACACCCAUUUUCAAUCGUACACACCAGACCUUUUUAUUGUCCGUCAUUUUGACUGACAGGCUCGUAAAAAAUCCGUCAUAAUCUAUUAUCACCUGUCACUGUGGUACAAGUUGGCGUUAGGUGGUAGUUAGUAUGUUCGUGAAGUAAUCACGCUGUACUUGCGUUUUCGGAACUUGUUGUAUUUUAAUACAACUGAAUGCCCAAUAAACCUGUUGUUGUUUAUAUUAAUUUAUAUAUUUCAUCUUUUAAUGUUUAUGUUCAUAUGUGGUUAGAUCUGAGAAAACCCAACACGUGGUGCAAAUUUAUAUAGCCCUACUACAGUUUUUGAUACCAUAUUCAAGCCCUUUCCAAAUCAGUUUUUAUUUUACUCAUACCUUGUGUAUGUAACUAAAGUUAUGGCUGAGGUCGGCUGAAGCUCAACAACAACAGUCCAGUAUCACAAGUAAAAGUCACUUUACACUGGUGAGAGACUUACUCUAAUAACAAUAAAAAAACAUUUCCUAGUGUUGAAGUCUAUAAAAAUACUGUACAAAACCUUUUGAAUAAAACGAAAGUAAGGACAAUGGUGCAGGGCACACUUAAAGAACGAGAGCUCUGCCAUUAUCACUGAACAAGGAAACUAACAAAGAUUUCGGACAACAACUAAUAAGCAGUGAAGGGCGUUGUUCAUCAUGUGCAUUGUGUCUGGACUUUUGAUCAUCCCUUGUAUGUUUCGCGAUCGCGGUCUGGCUCGCAUGAGCAGUGGAGCGGGGAUAACUGCCGGUGCUGUAGACUGGGAGCUCUGUCAUCUCACGAAAACAUUGUAUAAAAAAACUUUACAUGCCAUAGUUUACACAGGACUGGCGGGAAAUGUGCAUUGAUACUCCUUCAUUCUUCAUGUUAUGAAGGUCGGCCUUCAGAUUUUUCCGUCACUGGUAAAAAAAUCUGUCAAUUACAAAGAAUUUUCGGUUAACGCGGCCUCUGGUACACACACGUACUGGAAUAUCUGAACCACGGCCAAUUAGAGUCCAACCUUCACUAUCUCUUGGUUUAGAUCACGACAUUGGCCUAAUGUGUGUCUGUGGUUGAAUCACAGGGAGACUUUCAGAGUUGCAGAGACUUUUUUUCUCCCUCGAACGUCUGGUUGCACCGGCGCGAUUUUUUUGUCGCACCAUUGAGAAAUAAGGUCGCAUUUGCGACCAAAUUGGUCGCUCUCUAGAGCCCUAGCUAUUUAGCAAUUAUUAAAUAAUAUACCAGAACCAAACCUCUUGAUCAUGUCUGAAUGUUUUAUUUAAAAAUCUAAAGUCGGCUGUAAGGAAAAGUGGCCAUUGAUUACAUAUUUUAGUAUUCAUCUAUCUGUGUGUGCAUCCUGAAAAAAGUGUUUUCUUCCGUCCUUCAGUGUCCCGAGAAAGUGUUAUGUAGUUUAUAAGGUUUCGUAAUAAAUAACUUCUGGGAUGUCAGUUGUGCUGUUGUGUGUAGCUAAAGUAGCUAGAGUAAUUGCUUUCAUAUGACUCUUUGUAGUUCAUUUUUUCUUGCUUUCUUGAUGUAUCACAGAUUUAAAGGGCCACGGGACUAUAAUAAGGUGUUGCUGGUAGGGCAAUACAUUAAAAAGGUAAAUAAAUCCAUACAGUUACAACCGUGGUGGGAUAAGAUGACACAGGUGUGACAUUUGAGGAAUCAUAUGUGAGGUGGAUACAGUAAAGCGGUCUCUCAGUUGAAAUACAGUGUAGAUAAGGGUUCAGUGUCACUCUUUUAUCGAUGUGAAACAAAGAGAGACUGGAAGUAACGCCCUGUUUUAGGGCUGUAUCUUAUAUUCCUUGUCUCGGUUACUCCUACUUCUGCUUUCCUACACAAUAAGACUCAGACUCUCUCAGAGCGAUGAGGUAUCAUGUGUAGCUGAGGUAGGCAAAGUGAUUUUUUUUCAAUCCAGUGUGACUAUUGUUAUGAAGUUAUUAGCUGUGAUAUGCGAUACAUUCAUUUACAAAGUGGGAUGUUUUUAUAAAGGGUGUGUUUUAGGGAUAUGCAAGGAAUAUUGUUUUAUUUCGAGGGUAUUAUAGGUGUCCCAGUACGGAUAGGAUUUUAAGGUCAUGGCUUUGAUUUCCAGACAUACUGGUAAAUGGAUCUAUACACUGUAAAAAUCUCAUCCUAAUGAUAGUGAAUUUGGAGUAUUUUAAAUGAGCGACAGCAUGCAGAAAUUUAGUCAUUUCCAUAAAACACACCCAGUCCAUCCCCAUAUUAGGGCUUUCCGCCUAAAUUUUCCUUUACCACCUGUCGUCAUUUAAGUCAAAGUUACUCCAGGCAACCCCAUGUGACACUAUCAACAGACACGCGCUCGCAAGUAAUUCCAAGUGCACAGUCCUCAAGUCAGUUCAUACACAAUUAAACACCUUUUUUACAGACACAAUUUAGAGAGUUCUUGUUAGCCGGCUGUAAAAGCGAAGGUAUUCAGAGAAACCUUGGAGCUCGAGCUAUAGUCUAGUGCAGCUUUUAUUAUUGUUUCACUGUAUAUGAUUAAACAAUGUUAAAAUUAUAUAUACAUCUACGCGUAAUUAAAUAUAUAUUUAUUUAUAUAUAUAUUUAAAAUAUCUAACUAUUAUCCUUGCUAAACAUGCAUUUUGUCAUUUUUUUUCUUGGAGGGAGAGAGAGAAGAAAAGAAAGAGACCUGUGAUUUCGACUGUUUGUAUGCUUUCUCUUAUAUUUAGAAUACAUUUUAGUACAAAAAGAUUUUUGAAUCAAGAAAGCGUUUAUACGCAGGUUUCACGCACAAAUUUGUGUUGAUGCAUGCUUAGUGAAAGAGACCCAUUGUUCUAUUGUAUAUUCAUAUGUAAGAUUUUCCUAAUUGAGUUUUUACAGCUCUUUUACCUACAAAUUUGAUAUGUAUUGUAUUCUAUUAUAAACAAAAUCAGGGUAAAACGAUUAUUUUUUCAAUUAAUGAGCAACAGAAGCGGCAUAUUCAUAACCAAACAGCAGAUUAAAGUUACUUAUAAGUGAAUAAAUGAAUAAAUACAAAACAUUUUACAAGCACCUGAAAUAGUUACUGACUACACAUAUGAUAAGAAUAAUUGGUCUGUAAUUAUUAUUUUAUGUCUGACAACAGAAAUCAAGCGUAUAGCGUUAGUUCUGGCCAGUCACGUGAGUCAAGCUUGCAUCAGCUGAUCCUCCUUUACCCAGAAAUAUGACACAAUCACAGCUUCCGUUUUCAAUUAAUUUAGCUUAAUACCAGUUUAUUGCAUUGUUCAGGAGCAAUUUACCCUCCUCCAUCCCCAGCUCCACAUCACAUUUACAAUCAGAGCUUAACUUCUAUUAUUCCUUUUCAUAAGUCUCAACUACACUUUAAUGAUGUGUUACACUGUUCUGUUUACCCUAAGGGGGUUAUUGAUACGCUGUUAAGGCCAUUGAACUUUGUGUCCGAAAUUUCCGCACGUUAAAACAUAUAUAUGACCUCACGUUGUGUAAAUCACAUUUGCACAUUGCCUCCGAUGUUUUCGUCCGUCAUAAAAAAAACGGACUGGGUUCGAUUUUCUGCGUUUUUUUGCAUCUGUAGCAAGCAUUUUGAGAGGCGUUCUCUGAGCAGAGAUACAGUACAAACGAGCGGCAAAUACAAAAAAACGCAUACGAAAUUUUCGGAAUGUAUGUGCAAAGACUUUAUUCAAGCUGGCUGCAUGGAUGGGCAGGGUGUUUUGCCCAGAACAGAACCAUACAACCAAUCUAAACUGUAUGAUAGUUGUCCAUCAUAUUUGACGGUAGUAAACCUGACAGAAACAUUAAAUAUGUAAACAACUUCAACUUUAAUGAGUAUUCAGUUGUAUUACUACACAGUAGAGAGUAAACGCAUGUACAUAGCAAUGAUGUCACAAACAUGCUAAUUAGCACGUAACAUCACCCCAUAGUGACGGGUAAAAAUAGAUUGACAGAUUUUUACGAGCCUGUCCGUCAUAGCACAACCCUGUGUCCCACAGAUCAUGUUUUUCAUUACCCUUAUUUCCAUAUAACAACAAUUUGCAUAGUGUGUACUCAACUCAAAUGUGAAAAGGGAGUAUGCAGAAUCUCCUGACGUUCAUUGAGUUUCUGUGGUCAUUCGGAAACCGUUACGCUUUGAAUUAAAACAGAAAUGCAGUCUUACUCUGGCAAGCCCAGUAUAAUAUUGUGUUCAUUUCAUCAAGUAUUUUGUUCACCAUGUGGCAUGUAGAACUACAUUAAUCAAAUGCUUAAGUCUGUUGAUAAAUGUGAAGUCAAUGCAGAACAGAAGUGCCUUAUUUCUUUAAAUAAAGGGAUAGUUCAUUCAAAAAUGAAAAAUUUCGUUUAGUUUUUGGUGAACUGUCUAUCCCUUUAAUUGAAGUGGCCUGAAUAAUUUGAUUCACUUAUUCUAAUAAACCUAAUCUGUAACCUUAAAACCCCUUUUUCUUGCUCUUAUUUACAGAAUUACGUUUUCCAAGAAAUAGACCACCUUGGUUAACUUUAGUUACAAAAAUCUUUUUACAAAGAUCUUCAUUUAAAUUCACUGUGCACAGUCAGAUGCAGAAAAUAAAAUCAGACUUUAUUUUUGAAAGGAUUUCCUGGUUCAUUUUUUCAGAUUUGUUUUUAUAAAGUCCCCCACUGUGCCCCCAUUGUGGCCAUGCCCCACCUGUUGAACAAUGAAACUUCCUUUAGUUCCAAGCAAGAGCUUUUGGUCCUACAAGACAGCCCCCUGGGACCCAAUCCAGACAGCCCCAUGGGGUCCCAGGGCUCUGGUCCAGAUUUCCCAUGUGGAGAUGUCAACGUCGUGAUCAACAAGACGAACAAGCUCGGGCUUGAUCUCGCAGAGUCGCCCCUCGGGGUGCAGUUCGUCCCAACGGAGUCGGAGAAUCUGUGUGGAUGGGGAGCGCUGACCCCACAGUGUAUGCAGACAUUCAACACCCCCCGCUGGGUUCUGUUCUUCCUCUGCGUAGCGUCCUUCCUUCAGGGCAUGAUCAUCAAUGGCUUUAUCAACACUGUCAUCACUUCUAUCGAAAGACGCUUCGACCUGCGCAGCUACCAGGCCGGACUCAUCGCAAGCUCCUACGACAUCGCUGCUUGUUUGUGCCUGACGUUCGUAAGCUACUUCGGCGGUACAGGCCAUAAGCCAAGAUGGCUGGGCUGGGGUGUGCUGAUCCUGGCACUGGGGUCUUUGGUUUUUGCCUUGCCCCAUUUCACCACACCAGCCUAUCAGGUGAGAGUUUCAGAGCACAUGGGACUUUGCUCAGCCAAUCACACAGAGACUUGUGUCGGCGAGGAAGGAGGACUCUCAGCGUACCGCUUUGUCUUUAUGUUGGGACAGUUUCUUCACGGGAUGGGCGCUACCCCUUUAUACACGCUUGGGGUGACCUACCUCGACGAGAAUGUCAAGUCUAACUAUGCACCUGUGUAUAUAGGGAUCUUUUACACAGCCGCUAUUGUGGGACCCGCAGCCGGAUACCUGCUUGGUGGAAUCUUUCUCAACAUUUACACAGAGAUUGACCAAACGACAGAACUGACCCCUGAGAACCCACUGUGGGUGGGGGCCUGGUGGAUAGGUUUCCUAGCAGGAGGGGCAGCAGCUCUGCUUAUUGCCCUGCCUAUACUUGGAUACCCAAGCCAGCUACCAGGCUCUCAAAAAUAUGUGGCCAUGCGCGUCUCAGAGGCUCACCAGCUAAAAGAUGGCAGCCAGGUCACAGCGUCUGAUCCUCAGUUUGGAAAAACAGUGAAGGACCUGCCCAGGUCUAUGCUGUUUCUUUUUAAGAACCCCACUUUCAUCUUUCUGUGUCUGGCCGGAGCCACAGAGGCCACACUCAUAGCCGGGAUGUCCACGUUUGGCCCCAAAUUUCUAGAGUCUCAGUUUAGUCUCAGUGCAUCAGAAGCAGCUACCUGGUUCGGCUACAUGGUGGUGCCAGCUGGUGGAGGUGGCACCUUAUUGGGUGGCUACAUUGUAAAGAAGCUAAACCUCCGUUGCAGAGGAAUCAUCCGUUACUGCAUGCUGUGUGCGCUGGUCAGUCUGAUGGCCAUCUUCGCCUUUCUCUUGCACUGUCCUAAUGUGCCCAUGGCUGGUGUGACGGCGCCAUAUAACAGCAACUCACCACAGAACCAUUACAGCGCCCCCUACCUGCAGACAGAAAGCCACAACAACAGUCUCUCAGCGCAGGGGAACCUGACCGGGGGCUGUAACAUGGGCUGUCAGUGUGCUAAGGAGCUCUUUAACCCUGUGUGUGGUGCAGAUGGAGUAAUGUAUUUCUCUCCGUGUCACGCUGGCUGCAGCUCCAUCAACCACACGUACCGCCCCGGAGAUCGACAGGUGUUCUCUGGCUGUAGCUGUGUAGUAGGGAACGUUUCAUGGGGUGAGGAGGGUUUCGCUGAAGAAGGAAAGUGUGUGUCGUCCUGCAGUCACAUGCCCACAUUCCUCGUCUUCCUCUUCGUCACCAUCUUCUUCACAUUUCUUUGCAGUGUCCCUGCACUCACUGCCACACUCAGGUGUGUUCCUGACCGUCAGAAAUCAUUUGGACUUGGAAUCCAGUGGAUAGUUGUAAGGACACUAGGUGGGAUCCCGGGCCCCAUAGCGUUUGGUUCAGUCAUCGACAACUCUUGCCUUCUGUGGGAGGAGAAGUGCGGGGAAUACGGGUCAUGUUAUUUGUACCAUAAUUCAGCCAUGAGUCAAUACUCGCUCAUCGCAGGCAUCAUCUACAAGGUCUUAGGCACUCUGUUCUUUCUGCUGGCCAGCGUUCUUUAUCAACCUCCUCCUGAGUCUCCUCAGAGCAGCUGCGAGAGCACAGACGCAGGUGGGCAUGACAGCAGGGGAGGGACCAAAGAACUGCCAAUCAAACACCGCCCCACUGAGAUCAUCGCAAACCCACACGCCAAGUUAUGACCUCUGUGUGUGUCAACACCAUAUCUGCUUAUUGUUCACUUUCACUCUGGCUGUCUUUACAUUUGUAGGACAUUCAGUUGUGUUGUACACUAGACCAAAACCAAAAGGAACCGAUUGAAACACUACAUAAAUUGAUAUUUUGAAGCACAUGGUUCUAAUUUGAGAGCAAUGUGCGAGUUAAUUCUUUUUGAAAAUAACCUAAAUGGAAAGUGGCAGACUAUCUUGUGUUUUUUAGAAAAAAGCCAUAGAUGACACAGAAAAGAGCACUUACUACAGUAUAUAAAACGGUAUAUAUAGUAAUAUAUAAAAACACAAAAAUGACAAAACAGGACUCGAAUGCCAGUCGGUGACACAGAGAGAUGAUACAAGAGUUACAAACUGUGCCUUUUAGCAUCAUAGUUUUGCAUCAUUUGGCACAAUUACAAAUUACACAAUUUACAUGUGUUCUACAUUAAACUCUUUAAAUUGCACUUUACUGAUGGAUAUGUACAUUUUAACCGUGUAGUAAACAAGGUGCCAUUACAAACAGUUUUGUACUCAAUAUCAUGGCACACAGUUCUGAUUCACAUUCCACCACCACAUAAAAGCAUUUAGUCAUUAUUUUGUGUUCGUCGUAUUUGAAUAAAUGUUGAUUUAUCACUAAAAUGUGCCAAAUUACUGCAGCUCAGUACAGAGCGGGACAGAGAGUCUUUAUAAUGUCAGAUCACACAGAAAAGCAAAUGAGAUAUGGAGAGUUUCGAAAACAUCUGUAAAACUAUAGCAUGUCAAGACCUAUUUUUGAUUUAAAAAUGCAAAUAUUUACUAUCCAGGAUGAUAUAUUUCUGUAAAGCACUACACCCUAAGAUUACAUAGAAAAAUAUUCAUUGUGUCUUGGAGAUUUUCAACUGCAUUUUGAAAAAAGGAAACGGUAAGACCAUUCAAUUAUUAUUAAAAUAACAGAGCACAUGGCUUUUUAUUUUAUAUGUAGCAGGGGUUUGAAUUAUCAAGCUGCCAAAGUCCAAAUAUAUAGAAAACAGAACUAAUAUUUACUUAAGAUGUAAUUAGCUAGUUCCACAAUGGUAUUUUACUUUUAAGUUUUUUAUUUAUUAAAUCCAAUCAUUUAAAUUUGCGAUUGUGUAUUUAUCAGUGUAUUUAUCAGUUGUAAUUUAUUGCUGUUUGACCUUCCCUAAUGUGAGAGAUCUCUGAAAAAAAUCUAUUGACUCUCAUGACAAACUAUGAAUUUAUAACAACGCACUUAAAAUUGAUUUUGCACAAUGAACAUGCAAGACUGAUGUGACAUGUAAUUGUAUUUGUGUGCUGUAUUAUUCUAAUGACUGAAAGAAGUGAAAGAAAAGUGACUGUUUUGUCUCAGAAAGAAUAGUGAGUGAGCCGUUAUUGUCUUUAUUGAUAUUUGUUCAGAUUUUUUGGCACUGUGUCUAAUCACAAUAUAAUUCGUUUUUUGUACUUUUUUGUCAAGUACUUUAAUAUGCAAAAGUUUCAAUAAAAGCAAAAAA